AUGCUGAGUCUCGCCGCCAAUCUGAGCAAGCUCGGAUCGUACGACGACUCGGUGAGAGAAAAGAACUUCGUCUGGUGGGAAUGGGAAUCACAAAUGUUUGUUUACCAGAGCGGAUCCUGCAGUCGACGCCGAGCGUAAGACAUGCAUUCACAUACAUCAUUUGCCGAGAUGCACCGACAAAGCGACUGUCCCGCCGCUCCAAGUCAGCUACUCCGACCUGCCCAGGUUCCGAUAGGUGAUUGACUGCUAGCAGCCCUCUGUGGCAGGAAGAGCACGGCUUGGAACGGCGUGAAGAGAAUACUUUGAAAAGACCUUGGACUUUCGCCGAGAUGUGGAAACCGAGGAAAUUGAGUCUUGAAGCGCGCGAGAUCAAGAAAGGCUCAAACAGGCAUCGUCACGAUCACGUCGGGCUCAAAGAGUCGGGUGAUGCCGCUUGA